GGAGCCCCCCCCCCUUGGGGCCAGGGGAGGGGAAGAAGGGAGGGAUUGGGGAGACUCCUCCAGGCACGAGGUCCCCUCUGCUCUUGCCCUACUCCCCUCCCUGUGGGGGUCAGGUACAGGACAUGUCCCUGGGAAGAUAGGGGUUCCGUGGAGGACAAGCUGAGAUGCAAGGGGCUAUGGGAUUCCCCCCCCCCCAGCCUUACUGGGUGGCAGGGUUGAGCCAGGAGGGCUGCAGGGCCAGGGUAGGUGACCCGAAGGCCAGGGCGGGGACCGGGUGAGCCAGCCGGACCUCCCCCUCUGGCGCCUCCGUCCAGCCUAAGUCCCGCCCUCUUGCCACACCCCUGACUCACUUCCUUUGCCUAGAAGCGGAAACCUCCCCAGAGCUUCCUCCCCUCCUAAUGCUCCCCAGGGACCCGCAGGUGUUGCUCCCCCUCCAGGCCGGAGCUGUCCCAGCCAGGCCCCUGACCCCACUGAGAGCUUCCCCAGGAAGCUGGUAUUUUCCGUGUCCUGAGUUGCACCCCCAGCAUCUGGCCUGGGCAGGGGGCUGCCCUUGGUGGGCUGGGGGGCCAGCAGGAGCUUAACCUGACACACUGCAGGGAGGGCGACCUGCAUGCCGAGCGCCGCCUCUGCGCCAUGGACGGCAGCCAGCCCAGUCUGGAGCCGGCGGCCGCGGGCCCCAGUCUCCCCGGCCCGAGCGUGAUCGCGCCGCUGCGUGCCGUGGUCCGCCUGCGUCGCCGCGUGUGCCUCCUGCGCAAGCGGCGCCUCCUGCCGCCGGGCACGGGGUCGGCCUCCGGGGCUGGAGCGCCCAGACCCAGCUGCGGCUCCGGGGCGCCGCACGCUCACCUGGACCAGCCGCAGUUCUUCACCUUCGACGGCCCGGCGGAGCUGCCGUCCAGGACGCCGCGCAAGAGGCGCCGGCGCAGCCGCGUGGUGCUCUACCCUGAGACCUCGCGCAAGUGCCGGCCUCACGCCGAGCGCCGCAGCCGCGCGCAGCGCUGCCUGUUGUUGCUUGUGGCCAUUGUGGGCUUCCAGGUGCUCAACGCCAUCGAGAACCUGGACGAUAACGCGCAGCGCUACGACCUCGACGGGCUGGAGAAGGCGCUGCAGCGCGCCGUGUUCGGUCAGCCGGGUGCCGUGGGGCGCAUCGUGGCGCUGCUGCGGGACUACCUGGCCACGCACGUGCACAGCCGCCCGCUGCUUCUGGCGCUGCACGGGCCCAGCGGCGUGGGCAAGAGCCACGUGGGCCGCCUGCUGGCACGCCACUUCCGCGCGGUGCUCGAGGACGGCGCGCUCGUGCUGCAGUACCACGCGCGGCACCACUGCCCCGAGCCGCGUGCCGCGGAGGACUGCCGUGAGGAGCUGGCGGGGCUCGUGGCCGACGUGGUGGCGCGGGCCGAGGUGGAGGAGAAGACCCCGAUCGUGGUGCUGGACGAGGCGGAGCUCAUGCCCACGGCCCUGCUGGACGAGCUGCACAGCUUUCUGCAGCCGCAGCGUGCCCACCACUUCCACAACGCCAUUUACGUGCUCCUCAGCAGCGCAGGCGGGGAAAUCACGCGCUUCGUGCUGCAGAACGCGUCCCGCGCGCUGCCCGCGAGCUCCGACGGCGACCGGGCCGGGGUGGCCGCGGUGCAGGCCGAGGAGGACCUGCGCGCCGGCCUGCGCUCGCUCCUGGUCCAAGAGCACCCGCUGUGGCAGGCCGCGGCCAUCGUGCCCUUCCUGCUGCUGGACAAGCGGGACGUGGUCAACUGCUUCCGGGACGAGAUGGCCGGGGAGGGCUUCUUCCCAGAGCAGGCCCGCGCGGAGCUCCUGGCCGCGCAGCUCAGCUACUACCGCGUCGCUGGCCGUGAGUUCGCCGUCACUGGCUGCAAGCAGGUGGUGGCCAGGGUCAAUCUCUUGUAGCAUAGGCGCAGCUGGACCGGAUGACGCUGGUGGGCACCAUGGGGCUUUUGGGUUGUUGGUGGCGGUAGGAGGGAGGGGACCCUGUGGAUUUGCCUGAGGCCUCUAAUAAAUCUGUCGAUAGCCCCA